AUGUCCUCCGAGGUAGCGGCGUGUUGCGACGCCAAGAAGCUGGUGCGGUCGCCGAGCGGCCUGCGUAUGGUUCCGGAGCACCGCGCCUUCAGCAGCCCUUUCGGCCUGGAGGAGCCUCAGUGGGUCCCGGAUAAAGAGUGUGCGAGGUGCAUGCAGUGUGACACCAAGUUCGACUUCAUCACCAGAAAGCACCACUGCCGUCGGUGCGGGAAGUGCUUCUGUGACAGGUGCUGUCGCCGGAAGGUGGCGCUGCCCCGCAUGUGCUUCGUGGACCCCGUGCGGCAGUGUGCCGAGUGCGCCCUGGUGUCUCAGAGGGAGGCCGAAUUCUAUGAUAAGCAGCUCAAGGUGCUGGUUGGCGGUGCUACCUUCUUUGUGACUUUCGGAAAUUCAGAGACGUCUGAAAUGAUGGUCUGCCGUCUUUCCAGCAAUCAGAGGUUCUUGGUUCUGGAUGGAGACCGCCACUACGAGAUUGAAAUCACGCGUGUUUCCGCUGUGCAGAUCCUGACCGAAGGGCUCCCUCCUGGAGAAAACGACAUGUACACAUACACCAGCCUCCUGGAGAGCCAGCUCGUCUCUGCAGGAGGCAGCGCAAGGGUCUCGGGCAUGCUCCUGCAGUACACUGUCCCCGGGUCAGAGGACGGGACCCAGAUGAAACUGAUGGCUGGGGAGGACGCCAACGCCAGCAAGAGGCCUGCAACUAUGUGGCUGACGGCCAUGCACAAGGCUGCCAAGCUUCUGUAUGAAUCCCGGGACCAGUGA